GGCUUCCUUCGUCUCUGAUACAAGGUCCUAACCUCCGGACCUCGUGGCUAGGGGAGAUUGUGUCUUAUAGCGGGGAAGGGCAUCGGGAUUGCCCCCCUGAGCGCUAGUGGCACUUGUCUAACACUUACAUCCUAGGUGGCCUCUCCCAUCACUUCUCCAUCAUGGCUCCGUACUAUGGGCCAACUAAUGAAGACUUUCGGACGAUCAUGCUGGAGCGUUACUUCCUUGCAGGUGACCUUCUUGUCGGUGUCGGUUACGGUAUACAAGUCGUGCUAUAUGUGGCCUGCGCCAUUUAUCUUUGGAAACAUAUCAGAGCCUCAAAGUCUUAUGCCGCUUAUCAGCUAGCAUACAUAACAUUGCUCUUUGUUAUUCAGUCCAUCUACGUCGGCGUGCAGGCAGUUACUGUACAACUGAUGUAUGUUGACAAUCGCAACUAUCCUGGAGGACCGUGGACAUACUUCGAGGCGACCCAAGCACUUGCGGUGAACGUUAUGUUCGAAGCAACAAUCUUUGUCAUGACAUUUCUUUGCGAUUGCUUAGUGUUCUGGAGGUGUUGGGUCAUAUGGUCGGCUUCAAACAGGACACACGCUAUCUUGGCGACUGCUUUUCCUGCCUUGCUCAUAGUAGGAUCCUUUGUGAUGGGCACGUUCUGGACUCUGCAAAGCAGUCAACCUGGGCUUACCUUCUACAGCAAACUACCGCUUGCCUUCGGCUCUGCGUAUUACUCCAUAAGCCUUGGCGUCAACAUCCUGCUCACAAUCCUUAUCAUCCUGCGCCUGGCCCUAUACCGUCGUCAGAUAAUGUCGUCCAUGGGUGCAGCACAUGCGAAACACUACGUUUCACUGGCUACGAUGGUUAUAGAGUCUGCAGUGGUCUACUCAGCAUUUGCGCUUCUUUUUCUGAUAACCUAUGCCGCACAAGAGGUGUCGGCUCAGAUUUGGCUUGGUGUAGCCUCGUCGGUGCAACAAAUCACCACAUACCUUAUCAUCUACAGGCUAGCUGAAGGCCGAGCAUGGAAACAAGAUACACUUCAAUCUACCUACAGCACAAUGCAAUUUAACCACUCGAGAGCACCAAGGAACGAUGUCGAGCUCGCCCAUCGGUCAUCACUCUCUGGUGCUAACGAAGAAGAAGGUUAUCGUUCGCCUUUGUCAGAGACGAAAGAGCACGCAGAUCCCAUUCCAUGAUGCUCAUCUUUUUUUAUACCAUAUCUCAGUGCUUUCGACCUCAGUUCUUUCUGUCGCCUCAACCUCAUUGCUAUCUACAUUUGCUGUCACAAUACCAUCUGCUGCGUGACUACAUUGACUUUGAUGUAGUGCGUAGAUC